AUGGCUCCGAGUCGAGGCAAAGCAAAAGUCGCAGCAGCAAGACCAACACGAUCAAGUCGGCGGGCUGUGAAUAACCGUGCCCAACCUCAAAAUGACAUUCCGGAUGUCUAUUCUGACAUGCUUAGAGAGGCCGAAGCUGACGAAAGGACUGAGAGAAACCGAGCUCCCAAGAGGCGGCGAAUCACUGCGGGAUCGAGCGGACCAAAUGUCUCUUCUGCAACACAGCACGAGGUUGAAAGCUCUGUCAGAUCGACGUCGUCAAAUGCGAUACUUCGGGCCCCAGCCGCUGGCACACAGACUGUUGAGGACUCCUCCGAGUCCGAUAGCAAUGAUUUCGAAUUCGAGGAUGUUGACAUAGACAUACCGUUCGGCCAUGCCAGCAAUUCGCAAGAAGGCAUUGAGGACGUUUCGAUAUCCGUGCAGGCUGAGAGCAGCGCAAAACGUUCUUCCAAAGUGCGACGGAAGCCUGCUACUGCGAUAGAGAAGUCGCAUCGACUACUUGUUCAUGAGUUACAUGUGCUUUGCUUGCUUGGACAUUGUAUGUACGUCAAUGGGCGCUGCAACAAUGCCGUGGCGCAACAGCACCUCCGAUCUUUGCUGUCGACUAAGACCAUCUCGUACCUCAAUCCCUCGCAGCAACAUACCCAAUUCCAGCGCAAUCGAUCAUUCAUGGAUGGAAUAGAUCAGGCAAUCAACUCAUUUGUUGCAGAUUACCAGGUCACCCGCACCGGUCUCUCAAGACCACAUUGGAACAUUGACACCGAACCGCCACCAACCAUAGACAGCGAUGAGGAUCCGAUAGACACUGCUGCAUUCAUCAAGGCCGCCAAAGACCUUGAGGGAUCUCAGGACGUGGCGAAUCAGCUCUUUUGUGCCAUGCUUCGAGCCGCAGGUGUCGAUGCGCGUUUUGUCUGUUCCAUCCAGGCGCUGCCUUUCGCAAACCCUCCGAAAGCCGCUACGCCCAAGAAGCCCGCAAAGGUUCGCAUUAUGGCAGUAGCACCCGAAACGAAAACUCCGCAGUCUUCCUUAAUGGAGCACGACGCAGCGGUGAGUAGUUCACGAGCCCUAGGCAACGUCCCUUCAGCUCGAAGGCGCCUAGGGCAGCCGAGUUUUGCUUCGACCUUAAGCCAACCAGCGCAGCCUCGCCAGAAGACAAAAGCUGUUGCUAAGUUAUCAUUUCCUGUCUUUUGGGUCGAAGCAUUCAACGAGGCGACACAGAAGUGGGUUGCCAUUGAUCCGAUCGUUACGCACACGACAGGUCAGCCUACGAAGCUAGAGCCGCCUGCAUCGUAUGAUCGGAACCAGCUCACGUAUGUCGUCGCCUUCGAACCUGAUGGCUCUGCAAGAGAUGUCACGUGGCGAUACGCAAAAGCAUACAAUGCAAAAACCCGACGGAGUCGCGUGGAGGUCUCUCCGGACGGCGCGAAAUGGUGGAAGAGAGUCAUGCGCUUUUUUCGAAGACCAGGUGGACCGCUUGAUCGCGACCAAGUUGAGGAUGCUGAGUUUAGGCAAAAGGAAGCGAGAGAGGGCCUGCCUGCGAAUGUGCUCGACUUCAAAGAUCAUCCUUACUACGCACUAGAGCGACACCUCAAACGCAACGAGGUUAUCCAUCCCAGGCGCGAGGUAGGCAAAGUCAACGCUGGCACAGCUGCGAAGCCGAAAAUGGAGCCGGUCUUCCGUAGAAGGGACGUUUUGUCGUGCAAAAGCGCUGACAAAUGGUAUCGAUGUGGUCGUGAAAUCAAGCAAGGUGAGCAACCGCUCAAGCAUGUGAGGGCACGAGUAAGAAGAAACGCUACUCCCGAUCCUGGAGCUACUUCGUCGAACGAUGGUCCUACGACAGCUCUCUAUGCACCGUAUCAGACUCAAUUGUAUGUGCCAGAGCCUGUCCGAAGGGGCCGCAUACCAAAGAAUGCCUACGGCAACCUGGACAUCUACGUGCCAAGUAUGGUUCCGGCUGGAGGAGUCCAUGUUCGGCAUUCUCUUGCACGAACGGCCGCGAAAAUGAUUCGUGUUGACUAUGCGGAUGCUGUCACUGGGUUUCAGUUCAAAGGUCGCCAUGGUACCGCCAUCAUCGAAGGUGUCGUGGUCGCCGAUCAAUAUGCACAAGCAGUGCAUGCAGUCAUUGAUGGUCUAGAGUAUGAGGCGUUGGAAGAGGAGUCGCGAAACAGAAGCCGCGUUGCACUCAAGGCGUGGAAACGGUUUAUGGCUGGCCUGCGGAUCGCCGAACGAGUGCGAGCGUACGGUGAUGGCUCCACCGCACACGACGCUGGUGACGAUGAGCAUAUGUUGAACUCCUUUGCUCUUACAAUCCCAGAUCAGGGUUUGUUGACAGCAGGUCGCUUCAGGUUGUCAGAACUCGAAAAGACCAAAGCAACUGCCCGAAAACGCAAGAUUCCUGUUUCUGACAGCGAACAUGACUCCGAGCUUAGCAUGGACGACAUUAAUGGUAUGGGAGACGAGGAAGGAGGCUUCUUUCGGGACGAUCGCCUCUCAGGCUCCGAUAGACGUUCGCACCGCAAUGAUGACCUCGCCAUGCCAGUCGAUGGCGACGAGUCCCGCGAGGACGAUGAUGGCCAUACUCUUGAGAUGAAAACUGAUCAGGACGGCGGGUUUGUGGGCAACGAUACUGCCGAUGCUGACUACUCUGGUGGCUUUGUGCCCGACGACACAUUUCCUGUCGAAGAGCCCGGCGUUUUCGUGCCAGAGGACACAAUUGAUACUGCAGACGCUGGUGGCUUCAUACCCGAUGACACAGCUGCUAUCGACUAUGCUGGCGGGUUCCUGCCCGAGGAAACAGCUGACAACGAGCAUGCUGGUGGUUUUAUGCCUGAGGAAGCAGCUGAUGAAGAGCAUGCUGUUGCGUCUCCGUUUGAGACGAGUACUGUGAACAGAGACCACCUAAAACAGAAUGGGGCUGACGUCCAAGACAAGGCCUCGAAGGUUCUCAACAACAAUGACAAGGCUCGUGAGGAGCCGACCAUGCGACUGAGUGCGAAGAUAAAUGACAAUAUUGCUGUCGGUGAAGAUCAAACCCCCAACGAGUUGCCAAUAACCAAGAGACAGAAGCCAACUGCAGAGCAAGGAUACAAUCGUCCCCCAGAACCACCACAGGCGGACUUGAUGAGCGAGAAUGACAGCGACAAAGGCUCUAUGCUUUCACACGAUCCUGAAGACGACGAACUAGAGCCAGAUUGGCUGGAAAGUGAUUGA